UCCGCCGCCGCAGCAGCCACAGCUUCCAGGGCCUGAGCUUCCAACGAGCCCAUCGGACGCAGAUCAGGAUGUUUGGAGGCGUAUCCACGCGGAUCCAGAAGGACCGGCAGAGGGCUGUUGGCCUUGGCUCAGUCCAGCAGGCUGUACGCUACCAGAACCAAGACUUCCAGGCCUUGAAGGAGGAAUGUCUGCAGAAUGGAUCCUUGUUUGAGGACCCAAUGUUCCCUGCAGAGCCGGCCUCCCUGGGCUUCAAGGAACUUGGAUCGUUCUCAGCCAAAACCAGAGGGGUGGAAUGGAAAAGACCAACGGAGCUGACAGAAAACCCUCAGUUCAUCGUGGGCGGGGCCACCAGGACGGACAUCUGUCAGGGAGCGCUCGGUGACUGCUGGCUCCUCGCUGCUAUUGGCUCUCUGACUCUGAACGAACGGCUGCUGCAUCGCGUGGUUCCUCACGGUCAGAGCUUCAACCAUGAAUACGCCGGCAUCUUCCACUUCCAGUUCUGGCAGUUUGGUGAGUGGUUAGACGUGGUGAUUGAUGACCGUCUGCCGGUUAAAGACGGAGAGCUGAUGUUCGUCCACUCGGCUGAAGGCAGCGAGUUCUGGAGUGCCCUGCUGGAGAAGGCCUACGCCAAGUUAAACGGCUCGUAUGAGGCGUUGUCCGGCGGCAGCACCACUGAAGGUUUCGAGGACUUUACAGGCGGCGUGUCGGAGAUGUACGAGCUGAAGAAAGCUCCUCGAGAUCUUUAUCGUAUCAUCAGCAAAGCUCUGGAGAGAGGAUCCCUGCUGGGCUGCUCUAUAGAUAUCACCAGCGCCUUCGACAUGGAGGCGGUGACCUUCAAGAAGCUGGUCAAAGGCCACGCCUACUCUGUAACUGGACUAAGACAGGUGGAGUACCGCGGCCGUCAGGAGCGGCUGAUCCGGAUCAGAAACCCCUGGGGUCAAGUGGAGUGGACCGGAGCCUGGAGCGACAAUUCUUCAGAGUGGAGCUCCAUCGACUCCGCAGAGAAAGACGAGCUGCUCUGCAAGAUGGAGGACGGGGAGUUCUGGAUGUCUUUCCAGGAGUUUCUGCGUCAGUUCUCCAGACUGGAGAUCUGUAAUCUGACCCCAGAUGCUCUCAGUGAGGACUCCACCAGCUUUUGGAACACUACGAUGUUUGUGGGUGGAUGGAGGAGAGGAAGCACUGCUGGGGGUUGCAGGAACCAUCCCAACACCUUCUGGAUCAACCCUCAGUAUAAGAUCUCCCUGCUGGAGGAGGACGAUGACCCCGAGGACGACGAGGCCGCCUGCAGCUUCCUGGUGGCUCUGAUGCAGAAGGACCGCCGCCGCUACCGUCGCCAAGGCCAGGACAUGCACACCAUCGGCUUUGCCAUCUAUGAGAUACCUGAGCAGUACCGAGGCUGUCCAAGCGUCCACAUGAAGAAGGAUUUCUUCCUGCGUCACUCCUCGUGUGCUCGCUCGGAGACCUUCAUCAACCUGCGAGAGGUGAGCGCCAGGCUCCGCCUCCCGCCGGGCGAGUACCUGAUCGUCCCGUCGACCUUCGAACCCUCCAAGGAGGCGGACUUUGUCCUGCGAGUGUUCACUGAGAAGCAGUCUGAGACCGAUGAGAUGGACGAUGACGUGGUGGCAACCUUCGAUGAAGAGGAGGAAAUCUCAGAGAGUGACGUCGAUGAUUCCUUCAGGUCCAUGUUCGCUCAGCUGUCCGGAGACGACAUGGAGAUCUCAGUACGAGAGCUCAGGACCAUCCUCAACCGAGUCGUGUCCAAACACAGAGAUCUGCAGACCGAUGGUUUCAGCAUGGAGUCCUGCCGAGCCAUGGUUAGCCUCAUGGAUAAAGACGGCAGCGCUCGCCUCGGUCUGCUGGAGUUUCAGGUUCUCUGGAACAAGAUCAGGAAGUGGCUGGGGAUCUUCAGAGAGUUUGAUCUGGAUAAAUCGGGAUGUAUGAGCUCAUACGAGUUGCGCCUGGCGUUGGAAAAUGGCGGCUUCAAACUGAACAACAAGUUGUAUCAGAUGCUGGUGGCUCGAUACGCCGACAACGAGAUCAUCGACUUCGACAACUUCACCUGCUGUCUGGUCAAACUGGAGGCCAUGUUCAAGACCUUUCACGAGCUGGACCGAGACGGGACAGGAAGUGUCGAGAUAAACAUCAUCGAGUGGCUGUAUGUGACCAUGUGUGGCUGAAGAAGAAGCUGAUGAAGAGGAAGAAGAACUUCAGUCAAAGUGCCUCCAACAGGAAGAACAGGAAACCAAACGACCAACCUGACUUACACUGCAGCUGUAUCACACUGAGUACUGCAGUACAGUACUACUGCAGUACUACUGCAGUACAGUACUACUGCAGUACUGCAGUACGACCACUGUGCUGUACUGCCUUUAUCAAAGUCUUCCCUCGUCAGUGUGGAGGAUCACUGCUGCCAGAAACAUACAGACGACCACAAACUGUCUG